GAUCGGUGUUCAUAAAAGCACCCGUUAAUUGGUUGAUGCCCUUCAAGUCCCUGGCUUAAUGUUGCCGAACAAAUGGAUGCCUUUCCAGCUCCAAUCAUGACCCACUAUCGUCAAUCUAGAAUGAGCUUAAUCCCAGAUCUUCUUAUCAUCGAGCCGAGGCAUCUUUUUUCAUGUUCGAGAAAAUCGUGGAGUUGACUCGCUAGAAUACGCUCUCCGCAUCCCAAAGGGGUGACGUGCUACUCGGCCCUGUUGGCGUAUCGCAACCCCAGCAACUUCACCGCCUCAUGCUUCACCUCAACCUCACCAUUCUGUAAAGUCUCACCUCACAGUUUCACACUCAUUCCGCAGUAGUGACCGAGCGCAAAAUGAUCAACAAUGUAACAACAAUCGCCUCAAACUUCAGCGACGUUCGCUUCACCACGCUAGAGCGCGACAUCCUCCUCAAACUCCUCAUCUUCUCAUCCCGCACAACCGCCUGGCUUCUCGGCCGAAACAACGCCCCGAUAACCUCAAUCCAGCGCUGGCAGCUCUUGAUGAAACAACUAGCACUAACGGCAAAGAUUCUCCGAACCGGCAGAUUCAUCCAGCAGUUCAAUUCCGCCGCUAGAGCACUGACGCGGAAGCACCAGGACUAUUUCCUAGCAUACGUCACUGUCAUUCGACAGCUACUGAUAGCGGUAUACCUGACGUUUGAUAACGCGACUAUCUUCAAUAGCAUCGGCUUUAUCCCCUGGAAAGGUGCAAGACGGUUGGAGAUCAGGGCGUUUCGGAUAUGGUUUGCCGCAGGCGUUUGCGGGAUCAUCACCCAGAUAUACUCUCUGUACCAAUUGAACCUCCCCAAUCAAGUCCCAGAAAAGCAAUUGAUCUUGUGA